AACAGUAGAACAGAAAACUGCAUUAAUGCUCGUAUAAUAACAAUAUUUUAAACCAAAAAUGAAGUGUUUUUUAAUCAAUCUUAUUGUUUUUGUAAUUGUUGUUAAUUCAGAUACAGGUAAACGUUUAUCUCUUCCACAGUUACCAUUUGGUAAAUACCGAUUAAAUUUCUUAGCAAUAACGCGUUGUGAUAUUGUGCAAACAAAUAAUAAAAUAAAAUAUGAAUUGUACCUAAGCAAAAAGUCUGCCAAUACCACAGAAAUAAAAGGAAACGUAACUAAUUAUGUACCAUUUGAUGAUACUCUUGAUCUGGAAUUUAAUUUGGCGGUAAAAGAUUCUAUAGGUGGUUGGAAGGAAAACGCUUUUGUAUAUAAGACACCCAAGGCUUGUUCGUCACUAAAAAAGUUCUUGGGACGUGCUUGGACUCCAGUAAUGGCAUCUUCAGGAACUUACAAUGCGACUUGCCCUUUUGCUGUGGGUUAUUAUCCUGUAGUCGGCGCAGAUACAUCUGUUUUCAUGGAUUCCAAUUUCCCUAAAUCAUUUUUUUAUGGAACAUACAAAUUUCGUGUAAUUUAUAGUAAAAAAAAUGAAGUUUAUAAUUGCUUUACUUUAAUUGUAGAAAUAAAGCGCCCUUGGGAAACUGAUUAAACAUUUAAGUACUAUACAGCAAUAAUAAAAUUAUUUACAUAA